UGGCAAUCCUUGUCCACUUGAACUGGCCAAUCUCAGCUCGUAUUUCCCUCCACAUCCAGAUUCUUCUUCACCUAUAACUUCCUCCGAGCAGUUCUCCGUCUCGAGCAUAUUCGAUAAGCCUUUGCUUCUUGAAAGUAUUGAUCAUGUCAUCGACGGGAGAGGCUGCAGAAGUGAAAGUUCCGGCGGAGGAUGUCGCUCCUGUGGAGGUUCCGGCUACGGAGGAGCCGAAGGAGGUAGAGAAGCCGGUGAAGGAGAAGAAACCUAGAGCGACGAGGGAGAAGAAGCCUAGACAGUCUAAAGUUGCUUCACAUCCACCGUAUUUUCAGAUGAUCAAUGAAGCAAUCUCGUCACUCAACGAGAAGAAUGGAUCGAGUCCGUACGCCAUAGCGAAAUACAUGGAGGAAAAACACAAGGCGGUUCUUCCAGCGAAUUUCAGGAAAAUCUUGGCUCUUCAAUUGAAGAAUUCCACAGCUAAAGGAAAAUUAACGAAGAUCAAGGCGUCGUAUAAGCUAUCCGAAACAGGAAAGAAAAAAGACAUGAACGCAACGAAAGUCGCAAAAGCGAACGCGGAGAAGAAAACAAAACAGGCAAGAACGACGAGAACUACUGGAAGGAAGAGGAAGGCGGUGAAGACGGAGGAGGCGGUGAGUAAGGCGGUGAAGAAGGUUGUUGCAAAGAAACCGAAAAGGUCUACCCCGGCGAAGCCGAAACAGCCGAAAUCAAUUAAGUCUCCUGCAGCGAAGAGGGCUAAAAAAGCGGUUGUGUGAAUGUAGAGUAGAGUUUAAACAAAGUUUGUGUUUGAAUCCUCUUCUGUGAAUAUCUUGGUUACGAAUUACGAUCAUGUCGUAGUGUGUAAAUUCUGGGAUCUUGUGAUCUAUUUCAGUGUUUUUGCUUCAUCUGCAAUGAGAAUAAAUCCUUUCUUAUGAAUUUCAA